AUGGCUCGUCCGCCAAGCCCCAGACCUGUUCUUCUGGACGAGUAUCGGGACUGGAGCAGUCUGCCGGAGGAGCUCCUGGAGCACAUCGGCAAGAUGCUCCACUCGCGGCGUGACGCCUUCAAGUUCCGGUCCAUGUGCCCGGGCUGGCGCGCCGCGCUGCCGUUCACCAAGUACUUCGCGCCGAUGCUGAUGAUGCUGCCCUUCUGCCCCAACUCACCGGACAUCGCCGUCACCUUCUUCACAGCGGCAGACGGCGGCGAGACGACCUUCACGAGGAACCUGCCGUCGCUGCGAGGCAAGACACUGCGCGGCUCAUCGCAUGGGUGGCUGGCGCUCGUCGACGAGGCCGGGUAUGUGACACUUCUCAACCCGCUGACCGGGGCUACCGUCAAGCUCCCGCUAGCCGACGAGCGCGUCCUGGCGGCCUCCUAUAGACACUAUGCGUUCCCGGACGGCAACUGGGUCAUCCUUCCUGCCGUCCGCGGCCAACACGAGUGGGUCAGGCUAGAAGAGAUGAAGAAGAGUGAGAUCUUCCGCGAGAUCGUGCUCUCCUCGUCCUCGCCCGGCUCCGGGGACUGCGUGGCGAUGGCGGCGCUGGCGGAGUCGAGCACCGUCGCGUUCUGCCGCGUGGGCGUCGACGUUGCAUGGACGUUGCUCGACACCAACGGGCCAAAAAGCUGCGUCACCUCCGUGGUUCACUUCGGCGGCAGCAGGUUCCUGGCGAUCUUCAACGGGCAUAACGGCAGGUUUGUCUCCCCAGAUGUGGCGGUAGUUGGAGCGAUCUCCAUCUGCGACGUUGCCGGCGCAGCUCCCGCGGCGACAUGGAUUCGAUCUUUGCAUGCAGCUCCCAAAAAGAAAUCGGAUUGGGCCUGCAAGUAUAUGCAAGUGAAUGGCGAGCUGUACCUCGUCGCCUCCAAAGUGCCGGGCUGCACCAACCUCUGCCGUGUCUAUAAGAGCAAUAUCUUCGCUAAGAGGCCGAAGUGGAUCAGGGUGAAGAACGCCCCCGGAGUGACACUGUUUGUGUCGACUAAUUUCACGAAGGGCGACAGUGAAGGAGCAGCAAGCGUCUCCGGGUUCAAGGAGAAUUCCAUCUACUGCAUGGACUAUAACGUGUACCGUAAUCAGUUAGAGUUAAAGAUCAUUGACAUCGCCAAUGGGACGUGCGAGUUCCAGCCUUUCCACGGAAAGAUUCAGGAUUCAGCUGGGACUCUUUGCUGGAUUCAACCCAAUCAUUGGAAAUAA